AUUAUUGUCUCUUCGGGUAGGAGUUGGUCUUUUUAAUUAUUAACGAGGUGCACGUUAUAAUAGGACAUAGUUUCGGCGCGACGAUUGUCAGUUUGAAAUGUUCGAUUAUUCGUUGGGGGUCUAAGCAAACGUAUUGUUUGCUGGAACAAAUCGGGGCGAAACCCGGCUUAACGAAACUCAAACUUUAAAGAACCUUCAAGAACUGGCUAAUUAAAUUACGAUUCGCAAAUUAACUUUGAUAAUUAUAAGUAGGCUUCGAGUGGAUCGUGCGAAGGGAAGGGAAGAGAAGGGUUGGAGAGUUGGGAUUACAAACGAGACGGUGCGGCGGCGGGAACUUGGCAACUUUUCAGUCGCUCUUUACACAACUUUUCUUGUUAAGAUCGUGAUUAUGAAUUUUUAUUGGAUUGUCCUUACCUACGAACAACCGAUUUGUUUCCUUACCCGUGCAAGCGAUGUACGAUGUGCAUCUAGAAUCCUCUUCUUUUCAAUCAACGCUCUAAUAAAACGUGUCGUUCGGUUAUCAAUAAGAGACGUGGCGCGAGAUAGAUUCGAUGGGAUGAAAAGUGUUCAAAGUAACACGAAGCAGGGUACGCGAUAGUUAUCGGCACAGGGGGAAGUUAUCGCUGCUUGUGCAUGCCACAGCUAUCGCGGAGCGUAGCAUUGCAAACGGUACUUUCGGAUAAUCAGCAUUUGUGUAGCUCUCUUUUGCUCUUUGUGUCACUCGUCCGUCUCUGAGUCGUCGAGUCAAGGUAGUACAUAUACAUAAGUACGUAUGUAUCUCGUUCCAUUCCAUCCCAUUCCAUUCCAUUCCAUUCCGUUCCGUUCAAUCCUGUCGCGUCCGUUUCUCCUGAAACCAUUUCUCUUCUCUCCUCGCGCCUCACUUCACUCGCUACUCUUCGCAGCGUUCAACUCCCAACAGUUGCAACCAACGCGACUAUGGUCGUCCGACUUCGACGGCCGGUUACGCUUCGUCCUUCUCUCUCUGCUUUUUUCUCCCCCGCGUCUUCGUCGUGCGCGCAGAAAACUAUCUUCCCUCUUCGUUCGCUUUCUCUAUCCUUUCUCCGGGCAGGCAGCGAUAGCUCGAUUUCGUUCUAUCGCGCACUCGAGACACGCCUCCCACUCGUGGCCGCCGCGCGGCUGCUGUUGAAUUUAGUCGACGCCGAGCCGGCACGCGUGUUGGCUGAGAAGUAUUUUUCUCGCGCGGUAUUCCCGGUUGCGACGCGGCUGGAGCUCGUCUCGUCUCGCUUCGCCUUUCUCGCCUCGUUUUCUUCUCCUCGUCGCAUCCGGCAGUGAAUUCUCGCCUACCGUGAACGCGAAACCUCGUCUCGCUUUUCGUAGCCGUGAAUCCGGUACGCGAGGAGGAAGCGCGUGCACAGCGACGAUGCUAGAUCAUCGGAGCGAGUAUGAUCUAGCCACACCGCGCCGCGUGUGAAUGCGAUUAUUUACUCGCCGAUUGUUGCUACGAACAAGUGAGGAAAAGUGUUGAGUGGGAAGUUCGCCGGCGUAAUUACUUUCGUCUCGCUCGUUCAUCGGCCCUCCUCCUUAACCCGUACACGAUUAUACCGAUCUUGGCUUCGCAUCUGUACUUGAGAAACGUCAUUGGCACACUUUGCCAUUCCAUCAACAUCCGCUUCUAGACAUGGAUUUUGUGAUUCUCAAGGUGAACGGUCAAGAUGUGUCGAAUUCGAGCCACGAGGAUGCGGUACGUUGCUUUCAGUCGGCCCAGGAGCCGAUCAUCGUGGAGGUGUUGCGUCGACCACAGCUGCAUAGCCAGAGAAGAAAUAGUUGCCCGGUGGAGUCAGAGAAAGAUCUCGAUCACGGGAAUAAACGCGAGACGCAAACUUGUUCGAAUCUGGUGUCGACCGCCGUGCAGACCGAUUGGGCUGGACUGGUCGAGACGGAGGAGGUCGAGGAGCAACCGAACGACAGCUUCGAAGAUUUCCUGGCUCACGACAUCGAUUUUGAGGAGGUGACGUUACGAAAGGCGGGGAGCGCCGAGAAGCUGGGUCUGACGGUCUGCUACAGUUCCGGUUCCGGCAGCGAGGACGCGGACACCGAAGUGUAUAUCUCGGAGAUCGUACCGGAGAGUUUGGCGGCGCGCGACGGCCGAUUAAGGGAAGGCGAUCAGAUCUUGAGGGUAAAUGGGAAGGACGUGGCGAACAAGGAACAGACGGAGAAUCUAUUCGCGGAAACGAAGAGCGCCGUCACUAUUCUCGUCAGCCGGUGUCUCUAUCAGGAGGACGAAUACGAUGAGAGACGCGGGUACCGACGGGGCUCGCCGUUGCUCUCGCCGGAGCAUCUACCUUCCUACCAAAACAGCCUGAUCGAGCAACUCAUCCGGCAGCAGCAGCAAACAGAGGAGCGGACCAAAGACACGGAAGAGAACGGGUCUACUUUGAGGCCACCGCCGCCGGUACCGUCUCACACAGCCACGAACACUUCCUCCUCGACCUGUUCCUCUCACACCUCACAGAAGUCCUGCGGGAAGAACGCCACGUCGCCGCACAAGCAGUGGAUGCAAGACACGUUGAAGGACUGCACGAAGAAGAUGGAAAACUUGUGUAUACGAAAUCCGGGUAACUGCGGGGCAGGACAGACACCCGUAAAAUUGGCCGAAGCUUACUCGAACCACGUGUGGAGCGAGACGGAACAUAUUUAUGAGACGAUACCGGAAUCCGACAGCGAGCCGAUUUAUUCGUCACCGUACGAGCAUCGGCAUUGGUCCCACAGCCCGUGUACGGUCGCUACCUCGCCUCAGAUGACGACCACAACGACCACUGCUACCACUAUUAUCACCCCGAACACGGUCAUCCAGCAUCAGAGCAGCAGAUGGUAUUGCUCGUCGAAGAGCAACAGUUCCGGUGAGGAGAAGGACAGUUCGAGCGCGUACAACACCGGAGAGUCGUGCAACAGCAACCCUCUCACGUUGGAAUUACAACGAGGCGAAAAGGAUCACCAUAAGAGCACUUUGGUCCUCUGCCCUCCGAAGACGCCCACGCUGCAACAGCAACAGCAGCAGCAACAGCAAAAAAUUAGCUGCAGCUGUGCUACUGCUAACAAACAGACCAGAAAUCAUUCGAAUAAAAGAGGGUCCAGUUCGCAUCAUUUCAACAGGGAUCAGAACGCAGCUGGUUUGCCUGCGGAUGCGACGAUGUAUACAAAUAUGGCGAAUCUUCAUCAAACGAUGCUUCUUCAGCAGCAGUUAUUCAAACAGGCUCUCGAUAGAAGGAACUCCAUCGUCGGGUCCAAGGAGACCAGCACUGGAACCGCAAAAAAAUCGAAGUCGCAUGGUAAUUUCCAAGCGCCGAAUUUAACGCGAUAUCAGUUCGUCGGUAGCCAACAGGUGUGUACGUCGAGUAGUUCGUGGAUACCACCGGAGGAGAAAGGGAACGAGGUUCAAAUGGAGUGGAAGGUGAAGAGGAGGGCGGAUGGAACCAGGUACAUCGCGCGGAGACCGGUCAGGAGUCGUCUUCUACGAAACAGGGCACUCAAGAUAUCCGAGGAACGGGCCGGCCACAGCACCGAGGAUGAUACCAUGUCGGAAAUAAAGGUAAUUACAGGUUCUAGCAGUAAUAAGAAUCUCAUUAGGAAUAUUUGCCAUCUUAUUUUUGUCGCGAUUCAGGUCGGUAGAUAUUGGACCAAGGAGGAACGCAAGCGACAGCUGGAACGUGCUCGCGAACGGAAGCAGAGGCAACAGGAACUGCAGCUCCAACAGCAGCAACAGCAACAGUUGCAGCUACAGCAGACGAACGAGCUUCUGGCGUGCGAGCACGGGGACGAUAAGACCGCGAAGAAACCGUUGAACAUCGUCGAAUUGAGCCACAAAAAGAUGGCUCGUAAAAAAAAUACUUUGGACGAUUUCACGACCGUUCAAGAGAUGUUAGUUCACGGGAACAGGGUCGGUGGGGCUAAUGGUCCCGGUACCGGGGGCAAGCUGAUGGGUCUUCUGUCAGUGACGACCGUUUGAGUCGAACGUAUCCCUUCGCCGUUCCUUUCCGUCGUGCUUCCUCUCGUGAUCCUCCUUUCGUUCAAUGGUCUUCGUUUAUUCACUUCGCUCCCGAGGAUUUAUGAGAACGAUAAUCAAAUUAGACUCGCUGCUACUUACGGUGCAGCUCGUAUCGUUGUCGAGGCAGCGUUUACGCGAACGCAAUUGUAAAUAUUUUUUGUCUGAAUGUUUGUAGAUUAUUUUACACGAACUGAGACUGUAUGAUGGACAAGGGAGAUGAAAAAAGAUGUACGCUUUUGUAGAUAUGUACAGUAAACACGAGGAUAGUGCAUUAUGUACAUACAUACGUACACGUAUAUAGGAUAUAGAGUGCAGAUGUUUGUGUCACUGGUAGAGAGGAGGAAAGAUAAGGAUGCUGGCUCGUAACAGAACUUACACGCGCACGAGCCGCCGAAUCGCUCGAAAGAUUUAGAGAAAAAAA